AUGGUUGUCGGCGAUGCGGAAGCUGCACAUAGACCACUGAAUGCAAACGGGAUUGUGCGCCCCGUUCGUCCAGCGCAGCCGAGAACCUCGUCGCUUCCCAUCAGUCACGGAGGUCGACAGCAUGUCAAACCUCCCCCUGCCGAUGGCUACCACACCCACGCCCACGUCUCUCCCCUCCCCGUGGCGGCCGAAGUCGCCCUGGCCGCGCUGGUGACCCUUCCGACACCGAUCCUCGUACUCUCCUCUUCGAAGACCGUCCUCCUAGCCAAUGCAGCAGUGAGCAGGCUACUAGGAAUCGAUGAGGAGGAUGUCGAUGGUGGCGCCACGGACACACUCAGAGGCCAGACACUGUCCCAGUUGGGUAUAGACAUGGUGUCGGAUGGCGUUCCCAUCUGGGUCAGUUGGGAAAGAUUCCUCGACAACGUAGCGGACAGCCACGACCAGGUGGCUGUUGGACAACCUUUAUCAGAUAUUCGAAGCGAAAAGACAUCUCCCACCACCAUGGGGGAUGGAGACGCGGAGAGGGGUAGGCUGCCUUUCAGGACCGGGGCUCAUAAGUCUCAGGAUACCGUGGUCGACGUGGUAAUCUCUAAUCGCCACGAUCAAGUGCCUCCACGUCUGCGCCGAAGCCGACAGAACAAGCACGGAUCACGUAUCCAAGCAACGUGCCGAAUGAUCAUCAGCCUAUGGCAUCUCGAGGACCAACGAUUCUUUACGUUGACAUUUACAAGUUCAGCCAGCCCUUCCUCUGACCGUACAUCCUCCGCCUCGUCUUUACGAAACGUGUCCUCCCAUUCCACGAGAUCCUCACAGUCGUCCCAGGGGCAAACGCCGGUAUCAUCUACCAUGGACCCGGAUGUCACCUCUCCUGCACCUUUAGAUCAGGAAGGAAGCCUUUCGUUUCCUUCAAUUGCUCCUCCUCCGAAAUGUACUGCUCCGUCCACCUUCACAGAUUUCCAGAAGGUUUUAAAGAUGAAGAAUGCCAUGCUGCGCGCCGUUGACAUUCCACUGGUCGCUAUGUGGAGGGACGAGAGUGUCGUGUUCCCGAAUACCGCAGCUCGGAAACUGCUCGAAGUCAACACCGACCCCGUCUCUGAACACUCGUAUGAUUUUAUGUCCAGACUCCGCCCGUGGACUCCGGAUUUCUCCAGAGAACUCGGUGAGGCCGCUAACCCCAUCGUGGCACUGUGUCGCAACCAGCAAGCUUUUACAAACUGGCAGGUAGGGUUACUGAACGAAAAGACUGGGAAAAGGUCCAAUUUCGAGGUAAGCGGGCAUCCUGUCUACGACGAGCGGUCCGGAGAUUUCUUGGCUGGCAUGGUCGCGUUCAAAGAUAUUACCGAAUACACAGAACAGCUUGCCCAUCAAACUGCAGAAAACGAGGAGCAGUUUCGCUUGAUCUGUGACAUGAUGCCGCAAAUGAUAUUCACCACAACACCCGAGGGCCUCGUUACCUACUGGUCGCAACGAUGGUACGAUUAUACUGGCCUCAGCGCGACAGAUUCCUUGGGCCUCGGAUGGCAAUUGCCGUUCCAUGUGGAAGACAUGCCGGACACAACCCGUAGGUGGCAACAUGCGCUGGCUACCGGAGAGGAGUACACCACUGAAUACCGUUGCAAGAGGGUUGACGGCCAAUGGAGGUGGAUGCUGGGGAGAGCUUUGCCUAUGCGAGAUCACAAGACCGGCAACAUCCUCAAGUGGUUUGGCACCUGCACAGAUAUCCAAGAUAUUGUGGAUGCCAAAGUCAGCGGUCAGAGAGCUCGACAGCAAUUGCUGGACGUGCUGAAACACUCGCAGAUGACCAUGUGGAUCAUUGAUCGAGAACGGACGGUGACGUUCUAUGAAGGAGAUUUCAUCAUGGGCGACCCUGUUCAUGACAGAAUCAUUGGUUCGCAGGUUCUUGACGUGGUGGGAGACUACCUUGCGCCGCAGGACAUCGUCAAGUUCGAAGAGGCCCUUGCCCGGCUGAUGUCAGGCCUGUCUGACCUGGAGAUCCUUGAGAACGAAGCUAAUGCCCGAUGGUUCCGCUCCACAAUGGUGCCUAUGAAAGGCAAGACGGGCCCUAAGGGGGUGGAAGAUGAGAACUACAUCGCUGGAGUCAUUGUGAUCGUAUCCGACGUCACUGGGUUGCGGCGCAAAGAGCAGGAAAAUAUCAAGCUGCUCGCUAACGAGGCUGCAGCAAAAGAGGCCAGCAAGAUGAAGAGUAGUUUUCUUGCCAAUAUGUCCCAUGAAAUCCGGACACCAAUUGCUGGCGUCUUGGGCAUGAGCGAGUUGCUGAUGGACACGAACCUCGAUGCCGAACAGAGCGAGUUUGCGCAGAACAUCCAGAGGUCGGCCAAUUCUCUUCUGACCGUCAUCAACGACAUUCUGGACUUUUCCAAGAUCGAAUCCGGCCGGCUGGACAUUGAAGAAGUGCAAUUCAGUCUGGGGGUGGUUCUCCGGGAUGUCGCAAAGAUGCUCUCGUUCGCAGCCCAGCGGAAAGGGCUGCAGUUCAGCAGCGAUAUUCAACUUGGACCUUCUGAAGACCUCAUCUUGCUCGGCGACCCCGGACGCAUUCGGCAAAUCUUGGUCAAUCUCCUGACAAACAGUAUCAAAUUCACGUCGGAAGGAUACGUCAGACUGAGGGCGGACAUCCUUAGUCAGACCUCUGACACGGUGACGGUGGAGUUCUGUGUGGAGGACAGCGGUAUUGGGAUCGAGGAAGAGGUCAAGAAGAGGUUGUUCCGACCCUUCAGUCAAGCCGACUCGAGCACUGCUAGACGGUUUGGUGGUACCGGCCUUGGAUUGACGAUAAGCAAAAACCUCGUCGAUCUGAUGCACGGGACUAUUCGCCUCGAGUCCAAACUCGAUGCCGGUACCAGAGCUACGUUCACAAUCCCUCUGAAAAUGCCCGAAUAUCCAGUGGGUUCUCCAACGGCAUUCCUCGAGGUCGGCAGCAUGCCUGACCGCCUCCAAUCCGACCUGUCUAUGUCAAUACCAGAUUCCCCAAGGCCUGAGAGUCGAAGAUUUGAAAGGGGAGCUUCGCCACUUCAGUCGGUAGCAGACACAAAUGCGAAUGACAUUCGCCGUGUAGGUGUUUCAUCGCAGCCAGCAACGCAGAGCAUGGAACCGGAACUUCCCAGAGACCAGAUCCAUGUUCUGGUCGUUGAAGACAAUCCUGUCAAUCAGCAAAUUGCGUUGCGAUUCAUCCAAGCUCUAAAGUUUUCGGUGAAGGCCGUGUGGAACGGCAAGGAGGCGUUGGAAUACCUUCUGAAAGCAACCUCUCCAGACCUGUCACCAGAACAGGCCAAGGAAUAUCCCGUCCCAUCGCUGAUACUCAUGGAUGUGCAAAUGCCAGUUCUGGAUGGUUAUCAUGCUACGCAUAUGUUGCGACAUCAUGCUCCAUUCAAGGACAUCCAGGCCAUUCCACACAUUCCUAUUGUGGCAAUGACGGCCUCGGCAAUCCAGGGAGAUCGUGAGAAAUGUGAGAAGGCAGGAAUGGACGACUACAUGGCUAAGCCGGUGAAGCGAUCCCUUCUGGAGAAGACGAUCCUGAAGUGGGUGUCACGGGGGCGCACCAUUCAAGAGCGGCAGAAGUUGUCGGUGAAUGGCACAGAUUCCAAGAAGCCAAACCUGGGAAGGGCUUGCACCGAUCAUUCGUCAAUCUGCGCACGAAACGACGCGAUUGCCAGCGAGUUUUGUGCCCGUAAUGGCAGCCACGACACGCAGGCGGACGCGGACGAGCUUAACGCACCAUUGCCAUCAGGAGAGUCAGAGGAUGUUGCCGGGCGAGCGGUGGCACGCCGAUCGGGUAUUUCCAGGGCUCUCCUCGAGUCUGAGAUUCCUGGUGGUGAGACAGAGGCGGAUCGCGCAGCGAGACGUGCCGCGGCCGAGGAUCAAGCUCGAGCGUUACGAGACGCAAAGUUGCUCUCAGCAACAGAUAUGGCUCACGGAAACUCUCACAUUACCCCUGUACUGAGAGUCGACAAUGACUAUGCACCUGAUCUCCAGGCGCCCGAUAGACAGGCGAGCGAAUCCACGGCUGGUGCUUCCCCUAUGGCGUUGACGGAAGAGAACGUGUUGCUACUCAAUGCCACACAAGACGGUGUUAUUCCACCAACAGGGACGUCUUCCCCCGGCCCUGAAUCACAGGGAUAUACUUAUCCCCUGUUGGACAUACCCGGCCCGCCGCCCGAGGGCACUCUCUCUGCCAUCGACCUGGCGCAUAUCGAUGCCGAUGCAGAAGCCUUGGUCUCUUCGAUCCUCGAAAAAACACGCGUUCCUGGCAGCUCAACAGGAAGCAGGACGACUUCUGAUAGUUUGGAACCAAAGGCGCCUCGCAACCGUCGCGAUGUUGGCGGACUUGGACCCGGAAGCCGGCACGUCAGCGAUUGGAGCUCGAGUACAGCCCGGCCCGAGAAGUCCCAUUGA